UUGAGGAAAAGCAAUGGGCGCGAUUGGCUUACGCGCUGUCCGUCACCGUGUUCUCCACGUCUUACGUCAGCGCGAGCUGUCUGGGAGAGCACGUGAAAUACAGGAGCAUAAUAAAACGCGUUACAGUAGGUUUAUUAUUCAGCAAAUAGUACUUUUAACGACACGUUGUUAUAGAACCGUGACUUAAGUUAGUUCAAAACAAUAUCGCGAGUAACGGUCAGAACCCAGAAAAGCCUUUCAGUCGAGGUCAAGCGGAAAGAGCUCGUGAUAAAACUUUACCAGGAGUUUACCAUUGUUGAUGGAUAAUCCUGAGGAAGAUUCGCUGAACCUGCACGAAGAUGAAGAAAUCAUCGAGGUUAUCGAGCUCAAUGACACAGAACAGACCGCAGAGGAUCUGGCGGAGGAGCUGGAGGACGUAGAUUUCUCUGAGGCUGGGAAUGCUGGGAAUGCUGGGAAUGCGGAUGAUGACGGAUGGGAGGCGGAGGAUGAGAUGGAGUCUGAGCAGGAUGACAGUGAACUCACCUUCUCCAAACACACGGGUUCUGUCUUUUGUGUCAGUUUGGACCCAGUGAGCAACAGUCUCGCUGUCACCGGCGGAGAGGACGACAGGGCGUUCGUGUGGAGCGUGUCUGAUGGAGACGUGCUGUUUGAAUGCACGGGUCACAAGGAUUCUGUCACAUGCGCUGCGUUCAGCUGCGACUCCAAGCUGGUGGUGUCUGCUGAUAUGAGCGGUCUCAUUAAGGUCUGGAAAGUGGAGAACAAGGAGGAAAUCUGGUCUUUUGAGGUUGGAGACCUGGAAUGGUUGGAGUGGCACCCCUGCGCUCCGGUCCUGCUGGCCGGCACAGCUGAUGGGAACGUCUGGAUGUGGAAGAUCCCAAGCGGAGAGUGCAAGACCUUUCAAGGGCCCAGUUGCCAGGCAACCAGCGGGAAGAUCCUUCCUGACGGAAAGAGAGCAAUCGUGGGCUACGAGGAUGGAAGUUUACGUCUGUGGGACUUAAAACAAGGCAAUGCCGUUUAUGUCAUCAAAGGUCACGAUGGUCAUCAGGGAGCGCUGACCUCUAUAGCGUGUAAUAAAGAGGGAACGCUGGCUCUGACGGGGUCAGUGGAUGGUCAGGCUAAACUCUUCAACACAUCCACAGGGAAGGUGUUAUGCUCAUUUUCCAAUGAAAACAGUGAAGCAAAAGACUCAAUGCAGGAGCAGGAUUCCAACUCUGUAGAAUCUGUGGGAUUUUGUAAUGUGUUACCCCUAGUAGCUGUUGCAUAUCUGGACGGCACCCUGGCCAUUUAUGAUAUGAAUUCACAGAGCCUCAGGCAUCGCUGUAAACAUGAGGUAAAAGCUGAGAAUCCAUUUAAAUACGGCACUUUUCUCAUUUCAUCCAUGUGUUGUUGAAGGGCUUGAUAAGUCUGUGUGUGUCUGUGUGUGUCUGU